AUGGCGGCGUUCCACCGGAGUCGACGGCCGCGUGCGCGGACUGGGGUGAUGUUGCUCCUUCUGUCACUGUUUGUGGCUUUGGAAGUGUCCAGCUGGAUUUCCAGUGACAGCGUAGUUUCUCUAAAAGCUCAUGGUGCGGAGGCUUCGUCUCUGUUAACUCCUGAACCUUCUCGAGACCUUCGCGAGGAUGCUACUGUGCUGCACGAGGAUGGCUUCGUAUCCACUUUCCCCGCCGCUGUUGCUACAUCAGCACAUGGUGCAGAGCCAUUGCCACCUGAGAGAGAAAUUACAGAAGAAGUCACCGGGGAGAUGCUAGUAGGUUCUUCUCUGCUCCAAGUCAGCGCGGCAGGCCAACCAACGGAACUGGCGGCGGCUGCUGCAGAGGGUGUGAAUUCGCAGGGAGGAAAUACCCUCGCAAAGACCCUUGCAGCCGCUGCCGCUUCCCAGAAGCAAACAACUGCGAAGGACCGGCAUGCCCUGUUGACUUCUUCCCUGAGCAGCGUUGUGAAAAUUUUCGUCGAUAUCACAAUGCCUGACUACUUUUCACCUUGGCAGAUGCAGGCUCCGAAAGAUGCCUCCGGGUCAGGCUUCGUCGUUGAAGGCAAGCGAAUCUUGACGAAUGGCCACGUCGUUGGUGAAACAACCCGAGUUCUGGUUAGGAAACAUGGAAAUGCCAAGAAAUUUCUGGCGAGAGUUGUGGCCACGGCUCACGAAGCCGACCUGGCGCUUCUCGAAGUGGAAAGCGACGAAUUCUGGGAGAACCUCCAGCCGCUGCCCUUCGGUGGAAUCCCGCGUCUCAGGGACAGCGUCACCGUCCUGGGCUAUCCCACUGGGGGUGACCAACUGAGCAUCACGGAAGGCAUUGUCAGCCGUGUGGGCAUGUCGAUGUAUGCGCAUUCCUCUGUCAGCCUCCUCACUGUCCAAAUUGACGCCGCGAUCAAUCCAGGCAAUUCGGGCGGGCCGGCGCUUGUUGACGGCCGUGUCGUUGGCGUCGCCUUCCAGGGCUUCAGCCACCUGCAGAAUGUUGGCUACAUCGUUCCCUACCCGAUUAUUGAGCACUUCUUGAACGAUUUGGUUCUUCACGGAAGAUACACCGGGUUCCCCUCUCUCGGGGUGAAGGUCUCGCACAUGGAGAAUGACCACCUUCGACAGUUCAAGGGCUUGAGUGCACUGAAGGCCUCCGACCUGCCUCCGGGCGUGACUCCGACAGGCGUUUUGGUGGUGGAAGUGGACAACUUGCGCGUCUCUCGCUACAAGGCUGGGAAGAUUCGUGUGCCGUACACAUCGCGCACUUUGUCUGGGCCUCGCAAUCUGAAAAUGAUGCAGAGUGUGCAGGCUCAAGAAGACGUCAGUCUCCCAUCUGCCACCAGUUCCGGACAUGGAGCAAGUUUCUCGGGCUCUCUAGCAUCGCCUGUUCCCGACUUCGUCAAAGAAGCCGCGCCACCCGGGCAGAUGCUGUCCGCGCCCUUGGGAGGCGAAACUCCCGAGUCCGCUGUUGUCGCAGCAGGCGGCGGCGAGAAGCCCGCAGCGAGGGCGUUCGGGCAAGGUGGGUCAGAAGCGGGUCCCAGUCGCUCUCAGCCGACCUUCUUACAGACGCAGGUGACUCCAAAACACAUUCUUGCGAACCGAAGUCAGUUGCUUCGCCUUUACGCUCUCGCGAGAAGAAGACAACUGACACGCGAGGCGGUGGCCGAUGAGGCGGCGGCAGACUCAGGGGAAGAACGAGGCCUCGUGGAGACACAGGGAGCUCGAACGACCGCCCCUCCUGUCAUGGUGAGAAUGGUUGUAAGGAAACUCGGACCUGGGAUCUAUUCGCAGAUUCCAGAGGGAGACAGGAGCUUCAGAGCGAGAGAGGGAUCAGGUUUCCCGAAGCCUUGGUCCGCCUUCCGCAUGCUGCAGCGGCGUCUGAGGAAUGUGCAAGUGACUGCGAGAGGCGAGAAGACCGGGGGUGAAGACGAGACUGGAGAUCUCUCACAGGACCAGGAAGCAAAGGGCAACAGGGAAGAACCGGAACAGGUCGAGGGAAAGGUCCUUGUGUCGCCUGAGAAUGUGCCAGGCUCUAUCCAGAAGACUGGAGCUCUGCCGGUGAACAUGCGAGGCCCUUUGCUGUCCACGGCGUUGCCUGGUUCUUCCUCGAUCUCGUCUUUCCCGGCUCAAGAGCCGUUGAGUGAGAAGGCAAGUGAAGCCGUCGAGGAAGGCCCCCGAUCGGAAGAAGAACUCCUGUUGCCAAAUCCGUACUUCCACCAGCAAGAUGCCGAAGAAAACGAGAUCGGCUUCAAGGUUGGGGAUGUUAUCCUCGCUAUCGAUGGAAUAGAUGUUGCAGAUGACGGAACGGUUGCUUUCCGACAACUGGAACGUGUGUCGAUCGACUACACCAUCAUGAAACGCUUCAACGGAGAGACCUGCAAGGCGCUGGUUCUCCGGGAUGGCCAAGUGCGCGAGGUUCUGCUCCCGAUCACGAACUUGAAUCUGAAAGUGCCGGCACACACAUGGGACCAGAAGCCAAAGUACUUUGUUUUCGGUGGCCUCGUCUUCACCACACUGACUCGACAUCUGUUGGAACACAUGAAGUUGACGGAGUUCCCCGCAGAGUUCUUCACCAAAAUAAAACAGACCAAAUACCAGGAGGAGGAGGGUGAUGAAGUUGUCGUGUUGAGUGUGAUCCUCGCGUCAGAGUUGACGGUGGGAUACACUGCAGCACCGGCGAUCGUGACGGCUGUGCAGGGUCAAAAGGUGCGAGGCCUGGCGGACGUAGUCAGGAUUGUGGAACAAAGCACAGACAAUUUUCUGGAGUUUACUGUCAAGAUUUCAGGAAUUUCUGCGUUGCCGAUCGUGCUUGACCGGAAGAAGGCGAUGGCAGUCAAUCCGAAGAUUUUGGGGCAGCACAAAAUCCUGAGAGACCGCUCUUACUUCCUCUAGACGAGCCAAGAAGUGAUGUUCCCGUCGACAGAGAUAGCUCGGCGAGACGAGACAAAUACUAAUGUUUUUCAACUCCUGGCUACUCCGUUCUCGCGCAAAUCUUUCUCGGAAGAGAGACUUGCAGGCGCAUGCGGGAAAUUGGAGGGGAAAUCGUGAUUUAGGUGGAGAAGGAGUUAGGCUUUGCCGUUUUCAGUCUUGCACCGCAAGUGGAAAUUUCGCGUAUAUUCACCGCGGUGCAAAAAUGAGAGAGACAUGCCCCGGAAAGAAGCGUUUUUUUUCUGAUGAAGACCUCCGGAAAGAGAGGGAACAAUAGGGAGAUUUGUGUAUAGAAAAGCCAAACGUUCAGGAUCCUCGUUCUCGUCGUUUUUUGCAGCAGUUGUGAAAAACACAACAGGAGGAAUCCAGAAACCCAGGAACCAACUGUAGGAACAUCCAGUUCAACAUGGUUGCAGUUUCUAGAAUUUCUUUCCAGUUUCAGGGAUUCCCCAACAGAUGAAUGCACCUGGGAAGGAGCGGAAAGAACAUGUCAGAAAACCAACGCGGAAUCGAUUUUCGUGUUACCUAUUACACGUCUCCUCUAGGUGUGCGCUCAUGCGCAGUUGCACGCACACAAACCUGUAUGUUUCCGAUUGUAAAGGCGUAUGAGUGUGUGCGUGGAAAAUGUAGAAUGGCGAAGGAUGAGGAACAUGAGAAGGAGGGACUGCAAACUUUAAAGCAUUCUUUGGGGCUCUAGAGCUUUCGGGUCUGCAAUUGGUUGCUUUGUUGCCGGACAGCGACACCAGGAAGCAGU